AUGAUUUUUUUUUUCUUAUUUUUCUUUCAAGAUAAUUUCUUUUCUGCUUUCUUUCUGUCUUUUCCCUUAUUCUUUCUAUCCUUUUCUUUAGUUUCCUUCUUUUUUUCUCACCACCUUUAUUUCUUGGAUUUUGUUUCUUCCCUUUUUUCUUUAUUCUUUCUAUUUCUUUCUUUUGUUUUUUUCAUUCCUAGAAAGAAAGAAGAAAAGAUAGAGAUGAGGAAGGAAAAUAAUAAAUUUCUUUAUUUCUUUUCCUUUUUUUCUUCUAUAUUAUAUUAUAUUUCUUUCUUUCAUUUUCUUUUUUCUUUUUCUUCGUUUUUUUCUUUCCCUUUCCUGCUUCUUAUUUUCCUUUCUUCUUUCUGUCAUUUUCUUUAUUUACUUUCUUUUUUUGUACUUUCUUUGUACAUUUCUUAUUUCAUUUCUUAUUUCACUCUUUUUUUCUGUCUAUCAUUUUCUUUCUUUCUUCUUUCUAUCACCGUUUCUUUUUUCUUACUUUAA